UCAUCAACUUCUGAAAGUUGAGGAAAACAGGGCUGAUUUCGUCUCCAGUUUAGCGGCCGCAGAGGCGACCAGGACGCGCACAAGGCCGAACCAAUGGAGAAAUCCAAAAACUUUCGAAUCGACGCGCUUCUGGCAGUCGAUACACCCAAGGCGCAGACCUCUCCGCUGGCACUUGUGACUUCCCUGUCCUCCGCUUCCUCCUCCUCCAUCCCGUCGUCUAGAAGCGGAUCGGCCCCGGAGCUCAUAGCAGCCGCCGAGUCUUUACGCGCCGAGACGCCGCCGUCUCCGCCGAGGAUUUCCACCUGCGGGCUCAUUCCUAAACCGGGGUUCCUGAACAGCGCGCACGGCAUGGUCGGACUACACCCGCAGAGCAGCGCGGGGAUCCCGGCGCAGGCUCUCUACGGCCAUCCCAUGUACACAUACUCCGCCGCUGCGCUCACGGGCCAACACCCCGCACUGUCCUACUCCUAUCCGCACAGCUCGCAUCACCACCACACCAGUGAUCCCAUUAAGCUGACGGCCAGCACCUUCCAGCUGGAUCACUGGCUCCGGGUGUCCACAGCUGGGAUGAUGCUCCCAAAAAUGUCCGAUUUUAAUGCUCAGACGCAGUCAAACCUGCUUGGGAAGUGCAGAAGACCGAGGACUGCAUUCACCAGCCAGCAGCUGCUGGAACUGGAGCAUCAGUUCAAGCUGAACAAGUAUCUGUCGCGACCAAAGCGCUUCGAGGUGGCCACGUCGCUCAUGCUUACAGAAACUCAGGUGAAGAUUUGGUUCCAGAACAGACGCAUGAAGUGGAAGAGGAGCAAGAAGGCCAAAGAGCAGGCCGCCCAGGAGGCCGAGAAGCAGAAAGGCACCAACAAGAGCGGCCAGGAGAAAUCAGAAGGACUCGAACAGUCGGAUUAUCACAGCAAGACGGACUCAAAAAACGGUAGAAUAAGAGACUUCAGGGACAGCGACGACGACGAAGGUGACAGUUUCUUGUACAACUCGUCGGACUGCUCUUCAGACGAGGAGCGAAAUCAUAACAGCGACGCCAGUCCGCAGCCUUAACUGAGCUGAUCUUCAACUUACUGACUGAAGUUUCACUGUAAAAAAAAUAUAUGCUGCAAUGCAGUUGCAUGCUAUCCAAGAUCUUUCCUAUAAAAAUAUGCAAAAAAUCUAACUGCGAUGUUAAAAAAGAAGUAAUAAAUAACAAGGUCUGCAUUUUCUUUAGGUUAUACUCAUUCCGCAACCACUGAAUGAAGCCGUAAAGAGGAUCAGAAGUGGUGAGAUUCUGCUGUUACUGUAUGUUUGGUUUGUCAGCAAAAAAAAAAAAAAAAAACAUUGUUAGAGGCCAUAAAACAAAAUUAUUCACAGCAAUUUGACAAAUGACGCGAAAAAAAAGUAUUUUUCUAUACUGUAUUUAUACAAUAAACUGCUAAUAGAAAAUGCAUGCAGAAAUAAUCUUUUAGGCUUUAUCUUCCUGCAGAUGAUGUAAAAUAGAAUGUUAUUUUUAUUUUAAAAUUAAAAUCAGUUUAUGUUUUGGCGCA